CUCCAGAGAGAAGGAGCAGCAUGCAAGCACCUCUACUCCCCAGACACCUGGCCAUGCGUCCCCUUUGGGCUGCGCUGGCUCUAGGCUGGUUGCCCCUGAGCCUGGCGGUGGACUUGGAGCCUCAGCUGGCCAGCAUCAUGUUUGCCACAAACAACCCCACCUUGACCACCAUCACCCUGGAGAAGCCCUUCUGCAUGUUCAAAGCCUCUGUUCCACAGACUGACUCCUAUAAGGUCAACUUGUACGUGAUGGUGAACUCGGGGAGCAUUGGUCAGGCGGCCAUCCAGGACAAUCGCAGCUUCCCAAUCAACAGCACAUUCUUCGAGACUGCCGGGGGUCAGAGAGGACCGUACAAGGCUGCAUCCUUCAUCAUGCCUCAGUGCGAAGACCUGCCCAAUCUGGACGAGGCUGGGGACGUGAACAAAGCUGCUGAGAUCCUGAGUGCCUAUCUGGUCAGGGUUGGGGGUGAUACCUACUGUUUACUGGACCCCAACUUUGAGGGGACCUGCAACCCCCCUCUCACAAGGGCCACAGAAUACAGGUUCAAAUACGUCUUGGUAAAUACAUCAAGUGGUUUUGUGGAGGAUCAAACUCUGUGGUCUCAGCCAAUCUGGACCAAUCAGAUUUCCCCAUACUCAGAGAUUGACACGUGGCCUGGCAGGAGGAGUGGGGCCAUGAUCGUUAUCACCUCCAUCCUCAGCACCCUGGUGUUCUUCCUGCUGCUGGGGUUUGCGGCGGCUGUCGUCUUCAGCUUCUUGGGUGUGGGAAGCUCAGACUUAGAGACACAGCAUGAAACUCAAAUCAGCCAGGAUGUGGUCCCUAAAGUCCAGGGACCCUCGGAGCCUUUCUAUUCCUCUGUGAACCGAAGGCAAUCUCUGGACCGAGCUGAGGUCUGCACCAGCAAGCUACAGGACUGA